ACACAGAGUAGGAAGUUUGCUCGUACUCACGUUAUCGCUGUCGAGGUCCUGAGCUGCUGGUGUCGGGGUUUUUUUUUCUUCUUGGUCCUCCUCUAUGUUUAGUAGCCAUGAGGUGAAUGAGAAACAGCAGUUUGUAACAGUGGGAAACAGUGAUGCCCAGAUCUUAGACACAGAUUAACCAUCCAUCCCAUCAUGGAGUCUAAGAAGCCGGGCAUGCUGCGGAAUCUCCGCCAGAGGAUGCUGCCACACCUCCGGCGAAGUAAGACGAGCUCAAGCAAGCACAAGCAGCACGUCCCGCUCGAACACACAAUGGACAGUCGGAUGAGCUCCUCUGUUCCCGACAUAAGGGACGUGAGCCAGGAGUUUCCUCCUGUCUCUUGCAGCACGCAGCUCCAAGAGUACAACUCCGCCUACUACAGCACCCCCACCUCACCACUUGUCAAGCCUGCUAGAUCCUCCGGAGGAGAUGGGAGUGGCCUGAAGAUGCAAGGAGUGGGUAGAGAAGCUGAGAGGAGUGAACACGGACUAAGUGUGCCGGCAGACAGCGUAGACUGGGCUUCGUCUCAGGAGUCAUUCCACGGUGAGAAGAGGUUUCCCUCAGAGGGAAACUCCAAAUCUGCUGGGACCAUGGAGCCAGAGGAGCUGGCCCUGCCAGAGAUGAUGACUGUCUACAGCCCGCACUUUCCCUCCGACGGGGUAUCACAGGAUAGCUCACAGGUGUCUUCUGUGCCACACAAUAAUGUGCAACCAUUUGCUGAAGGGUUUAAAGGAUCUCAGUUCGAAAAUGAGGAUAUCAACGUAGACAACCAAACUAGUGAAAUGGGCGACGAGACCCCAGCUAUGUCGGAAAGCAUCAGGUUUCCUUCCAGGUCUUUUCUGCUCACCAUCAACCUAAAGGAAGGACGAAACCUGGUCAUCAGAGACCGCUGUGGUACCAGCGACCCUUAUGUGAAAUUCAAAUUAGAGGGGAAAACCUUCUACAAAAGCAAAGUGGUUUAUAAAGACCUCAACCCCACCUGGAAUGAGACCUUCUCUCUACCUGUGAAGGAUCUGAACCAGAAACUGUACAUCAAGGUAUACGACCGUGAUCUCACAUCUGAUGACUUCAUGGGCUCCGCCAGUGUCACCCUGAGUGAUCUGGAAAUGGACAAAGUCAACGAGCUGUCUUUGGCUUUGGACGACCCAAACAGCCUGGAGGAGGACAUGGGGGUCAUACUGGUGGACAUGAGUCUGUCACGCAGAGACGGAGACAGCAAAAAAGGCCAGCGGUGGCCCCAAAUACGAAAACGAAGUGUUAGGUCAGGAAGCUCCUUUCAGGGCUUUAGUCUGUCCGAGACACUGAGGAAAAGUCAGCUGUGGACGUCUGUUGUGUCAGUGACUCUAGUCGAGGGUCGGGAGCUGCCGCUGGACAGCCUGGGAGGUCAGCUCUUUGUUCGCUUCAGACUGGGAGAGCAGAGAUACAAAAGCAAGAAUCACUGCAAAGUGUCCAGGCCUCAGUGGAGAGAGAGGUUCACUCUGAACCAGUUCAUGGACAGUCCAAACAUCCUGGAGGUGGAGCUCUGGUCCAAGGAAGGACGAAGGACAGAAGAGUGUGUGGGAACGUGUGAAGUUGACCUGGCCAGGGUCACUUUUGAUGAGGGCCAUCGGUACAUACUCCCUCUGAACCAGGGGAGAGGACGCCUGGUCUUCCUGCUUACACUGAGCACAUGCAGCGGUGUCUCCAUCUCUGACCUCUGUGCUGCACCGCUUGACGAACCCCGUGAACAACAGAACCAGCUGGAAAACUAUAGUAUAAAAAGAUCCCUAAAAAACCUCCGUGAUGUUGGUUUCCUUCAGGUCAAAGUUUUAAAGGCUGCAGAUCUUAUAGCUGCUGAUUUGAAUGGCAAGAGUGAUCCCUUUUGUGUGCUGGAACUGGGGAACGACAGACUGCAAACCCACACAGUCUACAAGAGCCUCCACCCGGACUGGAAUAAAGUCUUCACUUUCCCUGUCAAAGACAUUCAUGAUGUUCUUUCGGUGAGCAUCUUUGAUGAGGAUGGAGACAAGGCGCCAGACUUCCUGGGAAAAGUCGCCAUUCCUCUGCUCUCGAUCCGCAGGGGACAACCGAUCACCUACUUGCUCAAGAAAGAGGACUUAGGUGGACUGUCGAAGGGGACCAUCACUCUGGAGCUGGAGGUUAUUUUUAACCCUGUCAGAGCAAGUAUAAGAACCUUUGAGCCGCGGGAGAGACAAUUCAUGGAGGAUAAUCCCAAAUUUUCCAAAAAGGCUCUGGGAAGGAACGUGAUGCGUGUUCAGACACUGUACAAGGCUAUCAUGUCGACUCUGCAGUACAUCAAAAGCUGCUUCCAGUGGGAGAGUGUUCAGAGGAGCCUGCUGGCCUUCCUGGUGUUUUUGGUGACAGUGUGGUACUGGGAGCUUUACAUGCUCCCCUUCUUCUUGGUCCUGCUCAUCUCGUGGAACUACCUCCAGCUCCGCCGUGGCCGAUUCAGUCAGGACCUGGACAGUAUGGAUUUGGCGGAUGAGGAGGAGGAUGAUGAGAAGGAGUCAGAAAAAAAAGGGCUGAUGGAGAAAAUCCACAUGGUCCAAGAAAUCAUCAUCACUGUUCAAAACCUGCUCGACGAGAUCGCCUGUUUUGGAGAGAGAAUUAAAAACACUUUCAACUGGUCGGUGCCAUUCCUGUCGUGCCUGGCUCUCCUGGUCUUUGGCAUUGUAACAAUCAUUACAUACCUCAUUCCUCUACGCUACAUAAUUUUAAUAUGGGGUAUCAAUAAAUUCACCAAGAAAUUACGGAACCCGUACAGCAUUGACAACAAUGAAGUGCUUGAUUUCCUGUCGAGAGUGCCUUCAGAUGUGCAGAAGGUUCAGUACAGUGAGAUGAGAGGCAGCAAGAAGAAGAAAGCCUUGUAAGAUGUAGCAGGACGGUGUGUAAACGGGAUCUGAUGCUGCUGUUUGUGGACUUCCUACCUAAAACUAAAAACCAAGACAAUCUGCAGAAUCGCAAUCACAUUUUGUCAGUUUUGGGGUGUGUAGUAGAUUUUGAUUGACUCAUUUCAACCAAAAUGUCUUUUUAACCAAAGAAGUCCAUACCAAGGACCCUACACAGAGAUUACCACAUGUGUCUAUUUGUGCGUUUCGGGGAAAAUUUGUAAUAUUAUUUCCAAAGAUUGUUGGUGUUUUAUUAAAUGUACAGUUUAUUCUUUGAGAUAAUUUCCUGGCACCAGGUUGUGUCCUCUGGAAACCAGCUGAAAUAUAAUUUUAUAUUGAACUGGAUGUAUAUGUUUGGUGUGUAACAUGUAUGUGUAUAUUUGUACACAAUUUACAUUCACAGAUAUGAAUGCUUUAAUUCUAAAAUUGAUUUGUUGCUGGGAUGAAAGUAAAUUUCAUUGUGGGUAACUUUCUAACCAGAUCUUUGUGGUUUUAAAUAAUGGUGAAUGUUAGGUGACAAUUAUUUUUCUAAAUUGUUCCUUUCAUGUGUCCAUAUACAACAACAUGUCAAAAAAAUAGAAGCAUUUCUUUGUUUCUUGCAUUUAAUAUUACAAAUGGAUAGCAGGCUAUGUGCAUAUAAAACUAACUGACUACUUUUACUUAAACCUGACAUUAUGGAAUUAUUUUUACAUGCAAAGAUAAGUGCCAACACAUUAGUUUUUGUUUUCAUUCAUCCUACGUAGAGGAUGCACUGUACUGUAUGUUGCAUUUUAGUUUGCUUUGAGUGGAAUGGGGCCAGAUCUGUACUCCUAACUUUAUUUAUUAAUAAGAAUCACUGGUGAAGACUUUGUGUCUCUCAUUUCUAACUGCAAUAAAUGCACACAAUCGCACAGUUAUAUA